AUGGAGCCACACGACGACUUUGACAGUGUCUCUUGGAGAAACGAUCCGCAGAGCGACGUGUCGCGACCGACGACGGCAGGGACUGAUGCUGAUGACUCGGGUCGGUCGGAACGCGAUGUCAAUGGGAAACGGAGGAUGAGCGCAGCUCAGGAGCCCCAGGCUGGGCCGCUUGCGGAUGCCGUCGAUCUCGCAGGUAUCGGGGACGGCGUUUUGGAGUGUACGGUGGGCUCUCCGCUGAAGGAGAAUGAUGGAACGAAAGAUGCCUAUAUCUCAUACUUGGUCACCACCCAUACCGACUUCAAAACUUUCCAGAAAUCCGACUUCUCUGUCCGUCGGCGAUUCCGGGACUUUUAUUUCCUCUACAAGACUCUAUAUCGAGACUACCCUGCCUGCGCUGUGCCGCCGCUGCCGGACAAACACAAGGUGGAGAGUUAUGUGACGGGGGACAGAUUCUCGCCAGAAUUUACACAGCGACGAGCAUGGUCGCUUCAUCGAUUUAUCAAGCGGAUAACGCUGCAUCCAGUGUUGCGCCGGGCCCCGAUACUGGCGAUCUUCCUGGAAUCACCGGACUGGAACGCUCAUAUGCGAUUACGAUCCUCCCGUGGCUCAAACACAUCAGAGAGCGGGGGUGGCCUCUUUGAUAACUUCACAGACACCUUUGUCAACGCAUUCACCAAAGUCCAUAAGCCCGAUCGACGGUUUAUUGAGGUUCGAGAGAAGGCCGAUAAGCUCGAUGAGGAUCUCAACCACGUGGAGAAGAUUGUGGCGCGGGUCGCCCGUCGCGAGGCGGAUCUGGAGGCUGACUAUGCAGAGUUGGCAACGCAAUUCCGCAAGCUAGUACCCCUUGAGCCCGACAUCGAGGUGCCUUUACAGAUCUUCGCAGCGUCGGUGGAAGAGACGUCGCGGGGAUUCAAGGCACUCAAAGAUCACACGGACCAGAACUAUCUCGGGUCGCUCCGAGACAUGGAGGCGUACAUUCUAUCACUCAAGUCGCUUCUCAAGACACGAGAGCAGAAGCAGCUUGACUUUGAAGCCCUGGUCGAAUACCGCAACAAAGCGGUCGCCGAUCGGGAUUCCUUGGCCAACAACCCGUCAUCAUACUAUGCCUCCAACCCGCUAACCUCAUCGCCGGCUUCUUUCAUCCGGUCGAAGAUGGAAGACAUGCGCGGUGUGGAUCAUGAACAAUCUCGACGGGAGCGGAUCCGCAAGCUUGAGCUUCGGAUCGACGAGCUGACGCGGGAAGUCGAGUCGGCCAAGACGACUUCGGAGAUGUUUGACGAGGAAGUCGUGCGUGAAGUGGCCGACUUUGAGCGGAUCAAGGCGGUGGAAUUCCGCGAUACCUUGGGGGCGCUGGCCGACAAGCACAUCGAGUUCUACCAAGGGGUGUUGAACACAUGGGAACGAUUCAUCGUGGAGAUGGAGGGGGAGAUUGGUGUUGAUGAUCAUCAGAACGAUCACCGAGGAGGGGAAAGUGUUGCGUCGUAUCCGCAGGUGAAUUAUUACCCCGUUGUCCUAGAUGGUUCAUUAUGUAUUUCUUGGAAUGCUCACAUCAGCAGACGCCGGCUGACUUCGGAAGGGACUGGUUUGCUCUGUUUGCAGCUCCGAUCAUUCGAUCCUCCGCGAUCAUCCCAUCCUCUCAUUCCAGACCAGCAAUGCGUUCCUGAGCCAGCAAGUGCAGCAAUGCGGUCUCUUGCUCGUUCAGUGCUGCGUCCCUACGUCUGCCCGUCAUGUCGACGUGGUUUGCAAUCUGGACGCCGGGGUUACGCUUCUAAUUCCGACCAGAUCCCCGACAUAUACGAUGUCGUCUGCGUCGGAGGCGGGCCCGCCGGCCUUGCGCUUUUGGCAGCUCUUCGAGCAUCGCCAUUGACUUCAGAGCUCAAAGUUGCGCUCAUUGAAAGCCAGAACCUCAACAAAGCCCGCAAUUGGAGUUCUGCACCCCACGAGUUUUCCAACCGGUGUAGCAGCCUUACCCCUUCGUCGGUCUCGUUUCUGCAGAAGAUUGGGGCCUGGAAGCAUGUUGACAGCUCGCGGGUUCAGCCAUAUCAAGAGAUGCACGUAUGGGAUGGCCAGACGGGGUCCCGGAUAUCGUUUGACUGGUCCAUGGAGACCUCGCCAUUUGAGAAUCUGCGCACCGUGGCGACCAUGACAGAGAACGCAAAUCUGGUUCGUGGUCUGCUGUCGCGAAUUGCUGAACUUGGUGAUGAGGGCAUUUCGAUCUUCUCCAACACGACCGUGUCGUCCAUUCAGAAUGGCGCCGAUCAUCAGGACGGGCCGGAUCUGUCGGCCUGGCCGGUGCUGUCCCUUUCUCCUUCGCCCUCAGCAGCCUCCAGCGUUCCGUCUACCAUUGCAGCUCGUCUGCUAGUCGGGGCGGAUGGUAUCAACAGUCCGGUCCGUUCUUUCGCCGACAUAUCGACGGAUGGCUGGGAUUAUAACCGGCACGGUGUCGUGGCAACACUGCACCAGAACGGCAUAUCAGCGAUUUCUCCCUUCUCUUGGGGGCCCAUCGCCCUUCUUCCUCUCCCCAAUAACCAUGCUUCCCUGGUCUGGUCCACUACGGUUGAGAAUGCUACGUAUCUGAAAUCUUUACCCCCACAAGCGUUUAUCACGAUGGUCAAUGCUGCGUUCCGCCUGUCGAUGACGGACCUGCAAUAUAUGCUACGCUUGGAUCCUUCAUCUACGACUUCGUCUCCGUCCGGCGAAGCAAUCAGUCAGCAUGAAGACGAACUUCAAUGGCGACUACAACAUACCCCUCUACCAUCCCAAAUCCCGCCGCUGGUCACUUCCGUCCAGGAUCGCAGCGUUGCGUCCUUCCCCCUGCGCUUCCGCCACGCUUCCUCCUACAUCUCGCCUCGAGUCGCCCUCGUCGGCGACGCCGCUCAUGUGAUCCACCCUCUCGCCGGACAAGGACUCAACCUGGGGCUGGGGGAUGUCGCAUCUCUGGUCAGCGCUGUCGAAUACGCUGUCAGCCACGGGAUGGACAUUGGCGAUCUUCUCAGCCUGGAACGAUACGUCUCGGAGCGCUGGGCCGUCAACGCCAAGAUCGGCGGCGUCUGCGAUCUGCUUCACCGGCUUUACAACGUCCCCGGUCACGGGCCCGUGGCAUGGGCGAGAAGUCUGGGCUUGGAUGCGAUUGACAAACUACCUUUUGUCAAAUCGUUCAUCAUGAAGCAGGCAGAGUGA